CAACAAGAGAGAGAUGGGUAGUGAGAGUGAUGACAUUGUCCCAUGUCUGGAUUUUUCCAUGGAUGUGUUGGGUUUAGAGGAAGGGAGUGAGGAUUGGAAAAAAAUGAGCAAGAAAGUGAGAGAAGCAUGUGAGAGUCAUGGUUGUUUUCUCUUAGUGCAUGAUAAGAUACCUCAGAGUCUACGUGAUAACAUGUUUAUUGCAAUAAAAGAUUUGUUUGAUUUACCAGAAGAAACUAAGAGGAAACACACAAGCCCAAAACCUUAUAGGAGCUACAAUUGUGACAGCCCCAUAAUUCCUCUGAGUCAAAGCUUUGGUAUUGAUGAUGCUCCUCUCUUGGAUAAUGCUCAGGCCUUCACUAACCUCAUGUGGCCUCAAGGAAACCCCUCUUUCUGUGAGACACUGAAGUCCACAAGCUCCAAGUUGCAUGAACUGAGUUGGGUCAUCCUAAAGAUGAUUGUAGAGGGUUAUGACCUUCCAAAGCAAUACACUUCGGAUAUUGAAGAGAUGAACAGCACUAGUAACUUACGGUUGAUGAGGUACAAAGUUCCUGAAGGCAACCAAGAUUUUGAAGCUGCCUUAUUGCCUCACACCGACAAAAGUGCCUUAACCAUUUUGUGCCAAAAUGAAGUCCAUGGUCUUCAGGUUCAAACUAAAUCAGACAAAUGGAUUCAAUUGAAGAUACCCGAAGAAGGCUUUGUGAUCAUUGUUGGUGACAUACUGAAGGCAUGGAGCAAUGGGAGACUUCACGCAGUUACACACAGAGUGAUAAUGAGUGGAGAUAAAGAAAGGUACUCAUUUGGAUUUUUUGUAAUGCCAAAGGAAGAGGUGAAGAUUGAGGUACCCCCUGAGUUGGUGGACGACAAAAUGCACCCUCUACGUUACAGGCCAUUUAAUUAUGGGGAUUAUUUCCAGUACUUUGUUUCAACUCUCAACGAAAAUGCACUAGACGUGUAUGCAGGCGUUUGAUAGUUGCAUAUGUAUAUGAUGCUACUAUUAUAUGUGUCACUGCCAUAAAAUUAAUGUGUUUUCCCUUAUAUAGUGUAUCCAAUAAAUAGAUUAGGGGAAUGCUCAGAAGAGUUAUAGUCCUAAUUAGUAGUAUCUCUCUUUCUGUAUCUUAAGUUUGCGUAAUGGGAUCAAUUACUAAGACUCUACUUUAUAAAUAACGCAAGUAUUGCUCUCUUGUGAGUUUGUAAUCUUUGUUUUAAAAUCUUUUUCUUGCUUCUUUAAUUAUUAUUAU